AUGGCGAUUGAUCCGAUCGUAUCCGCGCUACAGGGGCAGGAAUCCGACCACUGGGUCCUGGCUUUCGCCGGUGACCUUUGUCUUCUCGCCGACAGUGCCCCUGCCCUUCAGUUGAAGGUGGAUGAAGCGAGAGCCGGGCUGGAACCCCUUGGGCUCAAAAUUAAUGCCAGCAAGUGCGCCUCUCUCCAUCUUUCUGGACGACACCCCGUUGUCGUGCGGGAGAGCGUAUUCACAAUCCUUGGGGCCCCUAUGAAGCCGCUGGCAGAAGGCGAAGCUGCCGUGUUCCUUGGCGCUCAGGUGGGCUUCCAUGUGAUCCCCAUAAGUCUACGCUCGCAGACAUUACUGAGCUAG